GUUCCCAGAAGCCCUAGUCUUCACAGUAGCAGCUCUUUUCACCCGGUUCCAUCGUCUCUUCCUAGGGUUUCGCCGCGGGCGGCGCAGAGUCGAAGAGGACGCUAGAAGAAAUGGCGAGGAUUAAGGUUCACGAGUUGAGGCAGAAAUCGAAGGCUGAUCUGUUGACACAGCUUAAAGAUCUUAAGGCGGAGCUUUCUCUCCUUCGAGUUGCUAAAGUUACUGGCGGAGCACCAAACAAGCUAUCCAAAAUCAAGGUGGUAAGAUUAUCGAUCGCUCAAGUUUUGACAGUAAUUUCACAGAAGCAGAAAGCAGCGUUGAGGGAAGCUUACAAGAAGAAGAAGCUUUUGCCUCUCGAUCUGCGUCCAAAGAAGACCAGAGCCAUUCGUAGAAGGCUCACCAAGCACCAGGCAUCUCUGGUAACUGAGCGACAGAAGAAAAAGGAGAUGUACUAUCCAUUGAGGAAAUAUGCUAUUAAGGUGUAGUAGUAUUGUCUUGUGUUCUUGUGGACAAGUUUUGUCUCGUGUUCCUGAUAAUCUUAUGUCUGAUACUCUUUAAUCUUUCCCCCCAAAACCGAAAUGUUUGAUUUCCAUAGACAGUUCUAUAUUUUUACAGAUAGCGUAAGUUCAAUUUCUGCUAUUCCUU